AUUAUUGAAUUUGUCAUCUUUCGAAUUGAACCCGAUUUGAGGUCUGAAGACUUAUAUAAACCUCCAAAAUUCAUAGUCUCCCAAACGUUGGUGUUUUCAUGGAAAUUCACUAAACAAAAAAACCUCUGAAUCAUCGUCCGUUUCAUCCUCAUCUGGGAGAAAAUGGUGCAUUUUUCACAAGUUUGGUCGCUUUGCUUAGUAACUCUGCUAGUGGCUUCUAGCCUUUCAAAUUCACUAGCUCGUGUGAAGAAUGAAAAUGGUGUAAAAACAGCUGUCUUUUUAUCACCCAAGUUUGAAUUGGGACCAGGAUCAGUGGUCAACAAAUUCUACUACAAUAUCGACUUUCCAACAGGUCACAUUGCUAUCAAGAAUUUCAAUGCUGAAGUAGUUGAUGAGGCAGGAAAUCCCGUUCCACUCCAUGAAACCUAUCUCCACCACUGGGUUGUGUACAGAUACUAUCAACCCAAAGGUGUUGAAGUUCCAAAACACAAUGGCAACAUGGGGUUUCACCAAUCUGAAUUUAUUGUUGGGGCAAACUCUGGACCGUGCAAAACCAAUCUUGGGCAGUAUUUUGGCCUUGGCUCUGAAACGCGCAAAACAGCCACGCACGUGCCCGAUCCUUAUGGCAUAGAAGUCGGUAAUCCAUCAGAAAUUCCUCCUGGAUACGAGGAGAGAUGGCUGAUGAAUGUCCAUGGAAUUGACACACGAGGGGUGGAAAAUAGGCUAGGAUGCACUGAGUGUAGGUGUGACCUUUACAAUGUCACACAUGAUGAAUAUGGCCAACCUUUGAGGCCUGGUUACAUAGGAGGCUUGAAAUGUUGCUAUGAUCAGACACAGUGCAGGAUGAGAGAAGGCUUUGAGAGUGUCACGAGAGGGCUCUACAUGAGAUAUACUGUCACUUGGGUUGAUUGGGAUGCUUCUGUUGUGCCUGUUAAAAUUUAUAUUUUCGACGUGACUGAUACUUGGAAAAAAUUGGAUGAUUCAACUGGACCCAGUACAAAACAUCAUUGCCUGGUGGAGUAUGAAGUUGAGUCUUGCUCUGCCGCUACUGGUGUGACUAAUGAUGGUUGCAUUGAUACCAAGAGUGUAAGCCUGACUAUGCCCACUGGUGGUACUGUCAUCUAUGGUGUUGGACACCAGCAUACGGGAGGAAUUGGUAUAACUCUUUAUGGAGAGGAUGGACGGGUUGUCUGCUCGUCAAUACCGACUUAUGGAGAAGGAAAGGAACCAGGAAAUGAGGCUGGUUACAUUGUAGGCAUGUCGACGUGUUAUCCUCAUCCAGGAUCUGUCAAGAUAUCCAAUGGCGAGACUCUAGUUGUAGUAUCUAAUUACAGUCAGAGCAACCAAGAGCAUACCGGAGUUAUGGGACUGUUCUACAUUUUGGUCGAUGAUGCAUCACCACCAGAGCUCAAGCCUUUCCUUGAAGCACCAGUUGAAAAGCAUGAACAGAUGACACUACCCGUUUCUCUUUGGGGUGUAGGCUUGUUUGGAGUGGCAAUAGUUGUCGCUGUUGGUGUUGUUGCUCACCGCAGGAGGAAUGAAAUUGAAAGUGAGGAAGGCUACCAAUCAAUUCUAAUGUAAACUUAUGUGUAAGAGUGUUCAUUUUGUGACGCAUCUUCAUGGGACUUUUUGGAGAGUGCGGUGUGGUUACAUUAAAAUCAUGAAUAUGUAUGUAAUAUCCUUAUUAAAGCUGAAUUGGGAGUUGUAGAUUUGCUUGCAUUCGGAAUUGAUGCAAUGAAUAAUCAACUAGCCAAGUCGGUUUUGGUCAAUUUUUUU